AUGUAUUAUGAAAUAAAGGAUUAUAAUAAACUUUAUAAUGAGAUCAUCAGAAAUUCGUCUAGUCCGUCAUCAUGCCAUUUGUGUAUUUUUGUCUCAUGUCUGAAUAUUGAUGCUCUUUGUGCUACGAAGAUGUUAUCAAACUUAUUUAAGAAACAAUUGGUACAAUUGCAGAUUGUUCCUAUAUUUGGUUACUCUGAAUUGAAAUGGAAUUAUGAACAAAUUAAAGAUAAUCAAUCAAUAAAUAGUAUAAUAUUGGUAGGUUUUGGUGGGUUUAUUGACAUUGAAUCUUUUUUAGAUAUAGAUCCCCAAGAAUAUAAGAUUUCAAAUGAGAUAAAUAAUGUAAAUACUGAUGAUAAAAUAAAUGUCCCAGACAACAAAAAUAACCAAGAUGAAGAAAUGAAAUAUCUAAGAUAUUUUUAUAUACUGGAUGCGCAUCGACCAUGGAAUUUAGAUAAUUUGUUUGGCUCCACUAUGAUUAAAUGCUUGGAUGAUGGUAGUGUAGAAGAAGAUUCUUUAAAUGAUGUCAAAGUUGCAUACAAGCAAUUAUUAAUGUUAGAAGAGGAUAACAAUAAUGAUGAUAGUGACGAUGAUGGUGAUAUAACAGAUAAAGAUACCGAAGAAGAGGAGGAGGAUGAGAAAGUUUUUAUAAAUGUUAAUAAUAAAAGAACUAAAUCAUCAGAGGUUGAAGAAAAUAAGUAUACAAAAGAUCAUGUAGAUUUGGAUAAACUACCCCGCAAACAAAGAAAGAAACAGAUACAUCAAUAUGAAAAUGUACUAGAAGAAUAUUACUCUCAGGGGACUACAAUAGUGAACUCAAUAUCAUCACAGGUAUAUUCUUUAUUGUCAUCAAUUGGUGAAACAAAUUUACAACAAUUAUGGCUGACUAUUAUAGGUACAACUUCACUAGAUACUGAAUAUACAGCAAUAUAUCAAAGACUGUUUCCAAUUUUACAAGACGAAGUUAGAAGACUGACACCAAAUGAGGGUACUAACUAUUCAAAUGUAGGUAAAAGUAGUGCAUUGAAAAAUGCAGAUACAUUAACUUUAGAAUUACAGCCUGAUUAUUACUUAUUUUUGUUAAGAUAUUCAUCAUUAUAUGAUAGUUUUUUCUAUUCAAAUUAUGUUAAUGCAAAAUUGUCAUUGUGGAAUGAGAAUGGUAAGAAGAGAUUACAUAAAAUGUUUGCAAGAAUGGGGAUACCUUUAAAUGUAGCUAAAGAGUCAUGGAUUUAUAUGGAUAAUAGUAUAAAAAGGCAACUACCGAUGAUAUUUGAUAGAAAUCUAGAUAAAUAUGGGUUACAAGACAUUCUUAGAGAUGGGUUUGUUAAAACGUUUGGUUAUCGUGGAAUGAUUAGUGCCAGUGAAUUUGUAGAAGCUUUGAAUGCGUUAUUAGAAGUAGGAUACUCUGUAAAUAUAGAUGGAUCAUCAUCAUUAUUAUUAUCUAAUAACAAUAAUAUUAGCUCAAAUGGUAAUGGCAAUAGCAUGAAUCAACAGGGAGUAGAAGGAAGAGAAGAGGAAGAAGGGAAUAAUAAUAAUAUAAUAGUGCAAGGAAAUGACAAUAAGAUAAUUAGAAAAAAAUGGGUAUCGAAUUUUUGGUUGAGUUGGGAUGCACUAGAUAAUAAUAAGAUAGAUAUAUUGAAAAGAGGUAUCGAGCAAGCCAAAUAUUUACAAAAAUGUGUUUUUGAGACAGGUGUUGCAAUCCUAGAGAAAAAAUUAAUUAAGCAUUUAAGAAUAUAUAGACUGUGUGUCUUGCAAGAUAGUCCAUAUCUAUCUUUAUUUGAAAAUCCAUUGACUUUAUUAAGAUUAGGGAAUUGGUUAAUUGAAUGUUGUUCAGAGACUGAAGAGAAACAAUUAUUGCCAAUGGUCUUAGCAUCAUUAAAUGAACAUAAUGAUACAUAUCUUGUUGCUGGUCUGUCCCCUCGAUAUCCACGUGGGUUGAAUAUCUCAACAGUGAAAAAGCCUAUACUAAAUAAUUUCAGUAUGGCCUUUCAACAAAUUGCUGAACAGACAGGUGCUCAAGUUAGAAUAGAUAAUUUUGAAAGUUCAAUAAUUGAAGUUCAGAGGGAGGACCUAUCUCCAUUUCUUGAGAAACUAACUCUAAGUGGUUUAUUAUAG